AUGCAGGUGAAGCCGCGGGCGAAUUUUUUUGCGGCUCUCGCAAAAGCCAAGGAAUCCGCGAGUAGUUCCUCACGAGAAAUUGACUCAGCGUUGAAGAAAGCCGAUGCUUCUGAAGGGUUAACUUAUUCUGAAUUUCACGCUUGCUGUGAACUGAUCCAAGCUCAUGACGAGGAUUGGUCGGUAAGCGAAGACAUGGGCGCAGAUUCCGUCGUGUUCCAAGUUAGUUGCGAAGGCCAGGAAAUAAAAUGUUAUCACAGUAGUACUGAACUGGUGUCCACUUCACAGCCGCCAGUCAUUCCGGAACGUAAUCCCGAGCUGGAAGCUCGUGUGCAACGGCUGAAAAAGGAGCAAGAUAACCGAGCUUACAGGAACAUGGUGAAGAAUGUAGAUCACAAUCUUCUGAAGAACCCCUGUGAAACUCUGGGUGCACAAGUGAAAGAAGCCAGAGCUCAAGUGACGAACGUGGUGCAGCUAAUUCUUACAGUUGUUGGAACUUUCGUCUUCGCAUACAAAUUGGUGGAUUACAAUGUGGAAGGAGCCACAAUGAUGGACAAAGUUGCCGUGGGACUUUCGACAGCUCUGAUUGUUGGUUUGUGCGAUUUCUACUUCGUGAUGCGCCAGAUGUGCGAAGAUGAUAAGCGACUGAAGCUUUGAUCUGGACCUAUCGACUCAUACAACAAAGAAAACAUUUUUAUAGGCUGUCGUGAUCACAUUCCGUUGUGGUAAUCAUUUGCUAGUGUAUCAGUGGAAAAUGUAGUUCUAUGUCAAACGAUUACAAAA